AAUAAAGGGUAGUGUCCAUAACUGUCCAUAACCCCUCCCCCACUCCACUCACAUUAAAUUAAAUCCAUCAUAUCUCAUGUCCCCUCUUCUCCCAUCUCUUCCAUUUUCUUUCUCUUCACACCAAUCUAUAAAAAUUAAAUAAUAAUCCCCAAUUUCAUUUUUCAACAUUAAAAAAAUCUUUUAGGGUUUUCAAUUUCUCAACAACACUCUCUCUUCAAUAUCAUUUCAAAAAUCAAAAUUCUCCAACAUGGAUGGAGCUAGCGGUGUCAGUGGCGGCGGAGAAGUUUCAGCCCAAUUACCGGCGCCGACACCGAUGCAAAACUCAAACGCGCCGCCACCGUUUUUGAGCAAAACGUAUGAUAUGGUUGAUGAUUCUUCUACGGAUGCGAUAGUUUCUUGGAGCGCAACGAACAAUAGUUUCGUUGUUUGGGACCCACCGGAAUUCGCUAGGGACCUUUUGCCGAAGUAUUUCAAGCAUAAUAACUUCUCAAGCUUCGUUAGACAGUUGAAUACUUAUGGUUUCAGGAAGGUCGACCCAGAUCGCUGGGAAUUUGCAAAUGAGGGCUUUUUGAGGGGUCAAAAGCACUUACUUAAGAGUAUAACUCGACGAAAGCCUGCUCAUGGUCCUAAUAAUCAACAGGCUCAGCAACCUCAUGGACAGAGUUCAUCAGUAGGGGCAUGUGUAGAAGUCGGGAAAUUUGGGCUUGAGGAAGAGGUUGAGAGGCUUAAAAGAGACAAGAAUGUUCUGAUGCAAGAGCUUGUGAGGUUGAGACAGCAGCAGCAAACCACUGAUGGCCAGCUACAAACAAUGGUUCAGCGCCUUCAGGGAAUGGAGCAACGACAACAGCAAAUGAUGUCAUUCCUUGCCAAAGCUGUCCAGAGCCCUGGAUUCUUUGCUCAGUUUGUGCAACAGCAAAAUGACAGCAAUAGGCGCAUAACUGAAGUCAAUAAAAAGCGGCGGCUCAAGCAGGAUGGUAUUGCCGAAACAACAGAGCGAGCUUCCCCUCCUGAUGGACAAAUUGUUAAGUAUCAACCUCUGAUGAAUGAAACAGCAAAAGCAAUGCUAAGGAAGAUCAUGAAAUGGGAUACUCCUCGUGUAGAAUCUUUUAGUAAAAACCCUGAUAAUUACUUGAUUGGAGACGGUACAUCACCGUCAAGUGCAAUGGACAGUAGUAGCUCAUCUAGCUGGAAUUCCGGAGUAACUCUUCAAGAGGUUCCUCCAUCUUCAGUGCAGUCUUCUCAAUUUCCAGCUGCAACGGGGACUCAAGGACACAUACCCUCGGCAGAAAAUCCUGAAAUUCUAUCUGUACCUCAAGCUGCAGCUGCAUCGGAAAAUGUUAUGAAAGAUGGAGCACGUGCAGCACCAACUAUUCCGACUUCUCAAGCUGAUGUUAUCAUGCCUGAUAUACGUUCAAUACCAGAGAUUGUGCCAAGAAGUAUUCUUGAUAUUCCUGAAGACAAUUAUAUGGCUCCUGGGACAGAUGAUGGAUUUAUGGAUCCGACAUCACUUGAGUCAUUUUCCCUUGAUUUUGAAGAUCUUUCACCCGGCGCAGACAUUGAUGAUUUGUUAAACAAUCCUAUUUGGGAUGAUUUUUUGCAAACUUCAGCUCCAGAGGAUCUUGAGACUAAUGUUGACAAAAUAUCCAGAGGGAAUGAGGUGCAACCAACAGAAAAUGGAUGGGACAAUAACAAUACUCAACACCUGGAUCAACUAACAGAACAGAUGGGUCUUCUUUCUUCUGAUGUCAAAAGAAUUUAACCGUCUAUGAACUUUGUAUUAAUCUUUCAUACUGUCCAAGGAAAUCUUUGGAGUUGAACAUAUGUGAAAUAUAUAGAUAGUGCAGUUUUGUCCCCAACUUGAUGUUUCCUUGGUGAGGAGGGAAAUGGGAAAAAGAGAAGAUAUUUGUAAUGGUUACUCAUAGGCGUCUGAGAAGUGCACAUUGGUUCUUGCUUUGAAGAUUUACUUUAUGAACGGGGACAGGAACAAUGGAUGGCAGUGACUCUUGUUCAAACAUUACUCGCCGUUUAGCUACCAGCUGUUUGUUCUUAUGUAACUGAUUUUAUCCUUGGGCUAUGUUUCAAUGUGAUAAAAAAGAAUGAAAUAGAAUUGAAUGACAUUAGUUAUCAUUGAUUAAAAUAGAAUAGAUGGAAUGGAACCUAGUGAUGAUUAUUUCACCCCCACCAUUACUUCUAUUUUUUUUGAAAAAUGAAAACUAAUUUGAUGGUAUGAAAUGGAACCAAAUUAUUGUUGUGA